UCACGCUGUUAUUCCACAACGGUAUAUCGCUGGAAUAACCGGGGAGCUCUCGAAAUAAGACAACUUAUCGGGAAUAGACUGAGGCUACUUUAGAGCUAAAACCCACCCGGAGCAACCUACGGGUUCAACCUAUCCCCGCCCAACUUGCCCGCAUUUGCCAUAUUCUUCGCUCUCUAUUCCUCAAUACCAUUCAAUCCUUUGAGGCGAGUGUAACGUACAACGUACAUUGUUUUCCUUUUGAUUUUAACAUUUUUACAUCGGCCCAUUCUCGCACUUUUCGUGAAGACUCCUUGAACAAGCUUCUUCAAGUCUUCAACGUGCUUGUCAGGAUUUUACCCGUUUCACUCAUCUCAUUGAUCGCAUUAAUCUUUUGACACGUGCAUCUUUGGAAUAUAUCGACCUUUUUUUGGAUUAUUGAGUUUGUCAUUGACAGAGUGAUGGUGUCAGUGCCUGCAUUGAUGUUAUGAAAACUGUUUUGGUUACUGAGGAACAGUGAAGUGUCCAACACGUGCUCGAUACUGACUGGAAUAUUUGAUAUUCGACCGGAAGAUCCAGGAUAGUGUGUGAUCCUUCUUGGCCGAUCGUGCCCGUUAUGGAAUGACGGAGAAGAUAACGAAGAAGCUCUCAAAAUCCCUGAGUCCCUGGUCAGUGUGAUGAGCUACCUCACGGUCUCGCCGUUGGACCCGGACUCAAAAAACCCACCAGCAGCAAUGCGGGAGAAGGACUCAAGUCCCCGAAAGAUGCCGGGGCACAUAUCACCAAAGCAGGCGAGUAUUUAUCCGUUGAGCGUGCGAGUACCAGACCCUGAGGAUUUACCAUACGACCUGAGCCACAGUAACACACGCGGCAGUCCCUUACUCAGCCAACAGCCCCACAUGAGUCCAGCAGCUCGUCCAACAUCCCACCAAGAUGGCCAGGACUGCGAGCCCCUCGACCUACGUGUCGAUCACAAAAAGGAGCACCUACGAGACGAGAACCAAAACGACAUCGAGGUGUUAAAUCAGAAUGGUCUGAACCUUCCCUAUCACACAGUCCUCUUCCCCCAGCACCACGUCCACCCUCUCGUGCUCGAGGCAAUGUACAGAUCCCACCAGCCACUGCCAGAUCUCCCAAAGAUCCAAGUCCGAGCCCUUCCGACAAUGGUACCCCUCACCUCAAAUCGUUUCUCAACUACAUCAACAUCAUCAUCAUCACAGAGAGCACCAAGUCCAGCACCAAGUCAGCAGAGUCCAGUACCAACACCUCAGCCAUCUGGAGGAGCCCUUCCAGGAUAUCCAGUCACCACUGGUAUCAAACCCAAGGACCGAUACUCAUGCAAAUUCUGUGGCAAAGUAUUUCCAAGAUCGGCAAAUCUCACUCGACAUCUUCGUACACACACCGGCGAGCAGCCCUACAAGUGCAAAUACUGCGAGAGAUCAUUCAGCAUCUCCAGCAAUCUUCAGCGACACGUCAGGAAUAUUCAUAACAAGGAGAAGCCAUUCAAGUGUCCACUCUGUGAGAGAUGCUUUGGACAGCAAACCAAUCUCGACAGACAUCUCAAGAAACAUGACUCUGAUGGACCAACAAUUCUUGAUGAAGUCAGGUCUAGAUAUCAUGGACAAAUUCCCAGGGCUGAUGAAUCAUAUUUCGAGGAGAUCAGGAGUUUUAUGGGGAAGAUCACCUCCCAGAGGCAGGGAAUACCCUAUUUUCCUGGAUUACUUGGCCCCAAUAAUGAGGACUUCAGGAGUGAUAAGCUCGAGGAGAAGAGGGGCGACUCGUCGUACUUCAGUGAUCGAGACAAUCUCAGCAGCAGAUCAAGUAGCUCAGCAAGUAGAGCUGAGAGCGUUCACGAGGACCUCAGGGAGAAUUCACCACCUCUUUCCCCUGGGAAUAACACCUGAGGGAUCCCUUGGGGAGAUCGACUAGCAUUUUAAUCGUCAGUUACCGAUAAUCUGUGAUCUUCCUGUGCAAAUUUUUAUUGUAUUGGAGAGUUAUCGGUGAAAGUGAAAAUAUUUCGAGUGGUCCGGGGCAUCUGGUGAUUCUCGCUAUUGUUUUUCUUCUCUUUUUUAAGUUGAAUAAAUCGAGAAAGGUAUUCGGAGUAAAUAGAGGCAAAAAAUCGGGCGUUUACGCUGGUGGAGGUGAUAAAAGUAUUGGGAAUUGGUCCAUUCGUUCCGCCAAGGAAGUCCACUGGGUUGACGCUCGAUUUUGACGACCUAGAAAGUGAAUUUCAGAGAUAAGGGGAUUGCUCUGGUGCUAAUGCAGCUGAGGUUUGGAGAUCGAGACGAUAAAUUGUUGUUGGUGAAAUGGAUUAGAAAUCGAAUGGGCGUGGGCUAUCAACACCUCCAUGGGACCAAUUGUUCACAGCGAGAGGAUGAUGAUGUUGGCGACCAGUGGAGGAAUCGUUUUAUUUGGAUUUUUGUUUUUCGGGGAAUAUCUACCUAUCUGGAGGAGAUAGAGAUUUUUUUAUAAAGGGCUUUUUGGGGCAGCGAAGUUAGGGCUGCAGAAAAUGUUCCCAUCAUUGUUUUUAUAUUUUUUUGGGAACUCUGAAAUAUUCGGGAAAAAUUAAUUUGUUGUUGGAUUAUUAAAUUGCUAGUUGAUUGAUAUUUCGGAAUCUAAGGGAGAUGCAAAAUUUUUAUACGGAUGUUUUUUGGGGAGCAAAGUAAAACCUACAAAAUAGAUUCUUAAGACAAUUUUCAUAUAUCCGUUAGGUUCUGAGAUAUUUUCUAUAAAACGGACAACAGACAAAAUUAAGGUAAACCAGUUUAUCAUUUCCUGACAGAAUUAAUACACCAGCUGUUGGUUGAUUAAUUAAUUAGCUAAUUAAUUAUCUGUUUAUGGAAUAUGUCAGAGCUUAAAGACAGUAGGACGUAUGUGCCAGGCAUCUUAUUCCAAUGAGGAGCGAAAAAGAGGGAAACAUUUUGAGAAUGUCGAAACGGAGAAUUCAUUUAUUCCGGAGUUUCUGAACAAAAUCACCAAAUUUACGGGAGAUACCGAAUUUUCUGUUAAUAUCUUUUUUGUAGAUCUCGAUUCGCUCUACAAAAAAGAUUCUGAUAAGAUUUUUCGUCGCUACUCUGGAUUCCGAGGUAUUUAACAAAGAUCGGUACAUCAUUUCGCUACUGAAUUCAGGAUAUUUAAUUAAUUAAAUUAGAUUAAGUUAGAUUUUCGGUCACUUAUGUCCAUUUGUUAUGAAGCAUCAUUGCGAAUAUUCCAUGAUCACUAACUUGCAAUUGAAAAUUUGCAUCAAUUUUCGUCUAUAAAUUUACAUAAACAACAUAACAAAAAAGUAAAUAUGAAAUUUUCCAUUUUCAAACCGAUUGCAAAAAUUCCUUUCAUUGAAUUUUCCAACAGAUUCAAAAUCUUAAGAAAAUUCCCCUAAAUUCCUUCGAAUUCUGCAAUUAUUAUCAUAUAAACCCGGAGAAAGUGUGGUACACUGAAACGUCUUCAAUCGUCAAUAACAUGAGAUCGGUAGAGUGAAAUUGAAAGAUUUUUAUUCCAUCUUAAACUUCUCCGUCCAAACUCAAAUCAAGUCCCGUCUUCUGUCAUCAAGGGGAACAGUCGUUCAAAUUCACUCGGCAGUUGCCGAGUUAUCGGCACAUAGCGUCAGCGAAGUGAUAAUCUAGGAUAACUAUAUUUUUCUCAAAGCCGGUUUUCUGCCGAUAUCUAAAACUCAAAGGAUCACAGCGAUUUUUCGCAUGAACAUUAUUUCUAAUAAAAACUGAGAGCUACAAAAAAGGUAUCCAUGAAAAUAGCGUUAUCUGCCUUAUAUACCGAGAUAUCAGCGAAAAACUGGAUUUGAAAAAAAUAUACCAAAAAAUCUCAUUAAAUCCCCGAUAAAAUGGAUUAACCCAUCAAUUCCAUAUAUUUAACUCCAGAUUAAUUUUCCUUUUGAUGGUAGAUAAACUCGCGUGCGGCUGCCUGGGGAAAAAAAUGAAAAUUGCAAUGAAAGAAAAAUAAAAAUGUACUUGCAAUUCCGGAAAGCGUGUGCACGGGGGUCUAGACGUAAAAGUAAGAGAGGAAAUGGUGCGAUCGUGGGAAGGAGGAUGAAACGUGCCUGGAAGAUAUUACUGUGGUAUUUCCAAGUCAAAGUGAAAGAAAAACGAGAGAUAUGAAAAUUGUAACGGAAUUCGUACGUCCAUUUUUCCCUCCCGUUUCCCUAUAUUAUUUUUUAUUGAUUUUUUUGUUGGUGAAGCGGAUGGACGCAGCAUCCGCGCCUACUUACCUCCACGAAAGUUUGCAAUCUCUGCAUUUCCUCCAGUUGCAACUUUAUGCACAGCUAUAUUUCCAAGUGAUAUGGCCUCCACAGCCAAGUAUAAACUCUCUACGACGAUUUAAUCGGAGCGCGUGUGUAUCCGACUUAUUUUUCCCCUGUACCAACCCUUCUCUUCUCAAACUUCUCAAUCUCAAACUUUCUAACUGACAGGGGACCACUCCACAAUCUUCGAGCUAUCUGCAUUUUAUUUAUGAUAAAUAACAAACGAUUUUGCGAGUUUUUUACACCGUUAUUUGAUAUUUUU